AUGGCUUCUCUCCAGGAAUAUUAUGCAAACAACUACACCGAAUGCUCAAAAUGUGAACGUUUUAUUUGCACGUGGCAAGGAUUGGCCUACACUUUUCACACAUUUUCUGCAUUUUCAGUACCAUUUUAUAUAUUUGGUGGUUACUGCAUUGUGUUCAAGACCCCAAGUCAAAUGUCUGUUUAUAGAAAACCACUGCUGAAUAUUCAUUUUUGGACAUGUUUUGUGGAUAUUAUCCUCAAUACUCUUGCAACUCCAUAUUUAUUUCUUCCGGCUCUUGCCGGAUUUUCCGUAGGAUUAUUAAAUUUUUUAAGAGUACCCGAAAUUGUUCAAACCUGGAUGGGAUUACAGUGUGUUAAUAUAAUGAUGAUAUCCAUAACAUUAAUACUAGAAAAUCGGCACAAUUCAAUUCCAUUCAAUCGAUUUCAAACUUCGAGAAAAUUAUCCAGAUUAAUAUGCUACACGAUUCGAAUCCUCAUGGGAGUAACCUGGGCUUUAUUGAUUUUUAUUCUUCAACCCGAAAAUCAAGAGCUCGCAAUGCUACAAGUACUUAAAUAUAUUCCAUGUCCAACUGAGCAGUUUUUCACUUUUCCCGCAACCAUAUUGUUGCAAAUUUCGAUUCCUGUAGUUUUCCUGUUACCAGCAUUUUUUUAUAUUGGAUUCUC